AUGUCGGGCGGACAACUGAAUCCGGCCGUCUCGCUGCUCCUCUGGUCGAUGGGCCAUCUGAAAUUGGCGUGGGUGCUCGCCUACUCGCUGGCGCAAACCGCCGUCGCGUUCGUCGCCGCCGCUUUGAUCUACGCCUACUAUUACGAGCGAUUCGACGCGUUCGACGGCGGUAAUCGAACGGUGCUCGGCGCCACCAGCACAGCCGACCAGAAGUCGAUAUAUUAUAGACAUCCGACGUUGCCAACUGAAGCGUGUUAUCCGAUCGCGGAUGUUGCCAAUACUGCAAUGAGAAAGAAGUGCCAAGGGAUUGGUCGCUUUUUAGCCGGAAUUGAACGAAUGAAUCAAAUGGAACACAACGACAUGGUUUGUAUGGCUCUUUUGAGGAAAGUUGCUUUCCUUUUUGCAAUUGUGUCGUCGGUUUGGAUGGAUUUUAAUUCGUAUGUUAUACCACAACCAUAUCCAAAGCGAACAGCUACCCAAUCUCAAAUUGACAUAAGUUCUGAGUCGUAUUUAAAAAAUGAUGGAGCUGCAUUUAAUCAAGGGGGAAUUGACUCUUACGGGGAAACUCGAGACUUUUUACAAUUUCUACGCCGAAUCCAGUAUGAUCACAGGCAGGUCCCUGAAAACGACAAAGGAGAAGCGACGUUUGUGGAAGUUUCUGUGGUUAUUAGUAAUAUUCGAGCUGUGUCAGAAGUUACAAUGGAUUAUGCGCUUGAAAUGUUUUACCGAGAAUCUUGGCGUGACCCUAGGUUACAAUAUGAUCGGCAUUUGUUCAAGAAUAAGACAGAACUUGCACUACAUGAGAGCUACACAAGCUUUUUAUGGUUUCCUGAUACAUUUGUUCCAAACGCAAUUGCUUCAAAAAAUCCGCAAAGAAAUUCGAUAUCACACAGGUCGCUUCUGAGGCUUGACGAGACUGGUAAGCUUCUUUAUAGCCGUCGAAUAUCUCUAGUUUGCGAAUGCACAAUGGAUUUGACUCUGUUCCCAUUUGAUAAGCAACUUUGCAAAUUAGGAUUCGAAAGCUAUGGAUAUACAGCUGACCAUGUGGUGUAUAAAUGGUCACAAGGAGCUAGAACAGCCUUAGAGCUUAAAAAAAUUCGACUUCCUGAUUUUACGAUUCAAGAAGCAUAUGUUACUAGUCAAAUGGAGACCUAUGCCACUGGAAAUUAUUCGCGCCUUUACGUGUGUUUCGUUUUCUCAAGAUCUUCCGGGUUCUGCUUCUUACAACUCAUAAUUCCCUCUACAGCCGUUGUCAUUACCUCAUGGGUCUCGUUAUGGAUGGAAACCGAAACCGAAUUCCAAGAUAUGAUAUCCAUUAUCUUAGCAAUCACGUUUUUGAUAUUCUCUUAUAAUGAAAUGAUGCCAAGGGUGAGCUACAUCAAAGCAAUGGACAUUUACUUAGGAGUCUGCUUCAUGAUUGUAUUCCUAUCACUAAUAAAACUAGCGUUCGUUAAGUAUAUGAGGCAAAAACUUUUACUCACAAGUAAUAGUGGGCAUUCAAUGAGAGAAAUGCAUCCUCUGAAGCAAUCAACGAAACAUCGAUUAAAAGCUCGGAAAUCAUCGAAACUGCUAUUCCAAAAUUGCGAAGGUAGUACAAAAGACGAUUUGUAA